CCCAACAACAGUUUGACGUCUUUCCAUGGCAGUUUGAUUCAUGAUUACCCACAGACAAAAGGAGGUGUUGUCAAUUGUUUUCAUAACAGGUCCUCGCGGACACUGGCCCUUCAUUAUCCCCCGCUUGACGGCGCGCGCCGGGCGGGUACGUCUUCAUUGGACCUCCACAGCACCUUGUCCUGAGGAAACGACGGGGAAAGUCUCUUUAGAAGAAAUGGCGGGAACUCCUUCACCUGCAUACGGCGGUUCGUUCUUUGUGCCCCGCAGAGAGGACCACUAAGGGUGACUCUUUCCCCCCGCUUUGCGACAGGGAGUAAUCUAAACCCAUUUCAAAAGAUGCUCCCGUCUGCUGUAAAGUGAGGUCACUGCAUUCCUUCCUUUCCCUGCGCUGUUCUUUCCACGCUCCGCGCCUGAGCUGCUUCUCGAAAGCUAGGGAGUAAAACAUGCUGUUUUCUUCUAGACAGACCCAAGGCAACCGCCGGGGGUGUAUCGACACGGACGGGGGGGGCCUGUUGUGUUCCUUUGAUACUGAGGGCGACACCUCACUUUCCUCGUUGGUUGAAGAUUCUCCCUGGGACUCUGGGUCUCGUAACUCCCCCUUCUCGAUCGGCGAGCAGCGCAUUGCUCCCGCCUCGAAUCGCAACGUGCCGUCAGGUGGCCGCGUCGCUUCGUCUGCCUUCCCGUACCCGCUGUCUUCCUCCUCGUCCUCCACCCGUGCGAAACCAGAAGGGGAACAGGCCGGUCGUACAGAUCGGACCGCUGGGGAGACGUCCGAUGCGUAUGCGUCAGGAAGCCCGAGUCGAUAUCAACGUAGAUACACUUGUACAGCAGGUGCCUCGAAGUCGCAGAACUCCCGCGCAGCUGGAAGCGACGACACGCAGAAACCCACUUUCUCUCCUUGGGCUUCUCGCUCAAACCGUUCUCAACUUGGGUCAUCUGCCACCCCCCGACAGGUCUCGCAUCGCAGUCGUUCCUCUUCCUCUCACUCUUCUGUUGUACCGUCGUCUGGCCGUUUUGGUCACUCCGUCGCUGGCACCAUGCCUUCGUCGCCGUCCGUCCCGCCCUCAUCUUCUUCUUCUCGCUUUUCCUCCCAGGCCGGGGAACUGAGGAAGUACCGCUUUGCAGAGAGCCGUUAUUUUGUUUCUGAAGAGGAGUUGCAGGAACUGAAGCCCGACUGGCUUCGUCGCAGAGAAGAAGCCGUCGAGCGCCGGGCUGCUCUCGGUGGCUCUUUUCGCCAGGGCGGAAGGCGAGACGGGAGCCGGGACAGCUUUCGGAGUCCUUGGGGCGAGGCGCAGGACGCCAGCCAGAGAACAUGUUGUUUUCUCUGUUUCCGAGACGACCACGCGCCUUUCCAGUGCACGGCGAAGCAUGUCUUUUGCCGCCUCUGCGCGGGGUUUGGCCAUGCCGAAGAAGCCUGUCCGCUGCUCCUAGUCGAACAGAGCCUGCGUGGCGAACUGCGCGUCUCCGUCAACGCCAGCAGUCAUCUGCCCUCGCGUCCCAGCGCCUCGGAGAGCGAUGAGGACGCGUCGGCCAGCCCCAGGAACCCCCAACGCGGCGGAAGAUCGCUCGCUCCCUCCCCUGUCUCUCCGGCUACGUCGUCACUCUUCAAGGAGGGGAUGAGGAGGCAGUCGGACCGAGAGACCGGAGACAGCGCCACAGACCAAGGCAUCCGGUGUCUGGCGUGUGGGACGCGAGGCCAUGCCAUUUGCGCAGAGCCUCCCGUCACGGUGCUUCAGCUUUACUGCUGUCGCUGUGGGCUGUAUGGCCACUGUCGGAGUGACUGUCCUGGCCUGCUUUCUGUGCGCGGGUCCGCGGGUCGCCAAGGCUUCUCUCGGCCGCAUGCAGCUUCCUCCGCUCCCUUUGCGUCUCGCUCGGCUUCUUCAGGUCGACACUUUGCCAGUGCCUCUCCUUCGCGGGGAGUCUCAAGACUGCAGUCUCGCCACACGAACCACAGUCCCCAGGAUGCCCUUUUCUCCAAGACGCGGGGGCGGGAGACGCCGCACCGGCCUUUGCAUGCGGCCUCGAGUUUUGACUCGAGCAGAGGCGAGCAAAUGGCCAGAGCGCAUAAGGCCGACUUCGACGGCAGGCCGAAGAGGACUGGAAAGAAGGAGAAGAAGAAGGAUAGGGCGAGGGCGGAGAAAAACGCGAAGCACAAGGAAAGACUCCGGGAAGAGAGAAAGAGGCAAGGGAAGGGAAGUUGGGCCAUGCACUUUGGCGGGGGACAGAAAGGGACAGAGAGAGGAACUGGACAGGAUGAAGGAGAACGGGAGACAUGGACAACUGCGAGCCAGUCGCCUGCGAAGCGGAGCAAACACAGACACCGCGGGCUCUACUAGGGCAGGAAGCGGGCGAGUGUCGCGACACUUUCCGCUCUGAAAUGGCGGUUAAAUAUGCGACAGAGAGAGACAGGCCGACAAUGGCAGAAACGGUAUCGGAGAGCCAAGGCGAGCGCAGGUGGAGGACCUAAAUGCCAUCAGGGGACAGGGGACAGCGAAGGCACGAUGCCAAAACCACCGCAGACGGUUGAGAGAGGGAAGCGAGUCACACGAAGAGGAAUAUAUCCGAGAAAGACGGGGAUUUGAAUGGAUGGAAGAUUUAUGCAUACAGCUUCCCACACAAGACAGGAAAGGCUUCAGACCGGUCUCGAGCCCCGACAGGGUAUCCAGAGAAAAUCAAACAGGAAUAAAGGGUGAGAGGGAGAGACAUUGAAGCGCCAGGCGAACAGAACGACGGGAAGUGGAGCUAGCGGAGAGACGGCGAGGGAAAUUAGGUGACGACACACGUGAAAGGACGCGAAAAAAAGCAAUCCUGCCACAGGAAAGAACACGGGAGACAACGAAGUUGAAUCUCCUGCAGUUACGGAAAACAAGGUGCCAGGCGUAACCUGGGACUUAACGAACUGCAGAGAAACGCGUUUUGAGUGCAGUCUUUUUCUCCUUUGAACACCGCGG